CCAGAUCGCUUAUCAUCCUCAGCUCCUUCUUCCCUCCCACUUAUAUCCGUAUAAAGUAAAGCCUCUGAUGCAGGCGGCGCCACCCGUAUGGCCGCCGCGCUCUAUUGCAGCUGAUUGCUAAUUACUUUCCCAGAAAGUUUUAUUAAAGAACAAUAGUAUUCAAAUCGGCGGCGAACCAUACAAUGAAGAGUUCUUUGAACCGGAAGAAGCGUUUUGGGUCGGGUCGUUCUCUUUCUUCCUCUACACUUCAGCCUCUCCUCAACCUCCGCCUCCUCUUCCUCUUCGUUCCCACAUAAAUUCCGGCGAAACCCAUUCCGCUUUUUCCUAGGAUGUCAUCUGAGCCUUCUCUCAUACUGUCUCUCUUCACCGACGACGUUCUGGGUCGGAUUUUGUCCUUUAUCGCCGAUGACGACGCCGACCGGAGAUCUUUCCGGGCGGUUUGCCGGAGCUUCUUACGAGUUGACUCGCUCCACCGGACCCACCUCCGGAUCCUCCGCCCCGAGUUCAUCCAGCCUCUGCUCGCCAAGUUCCCGCGCGUCGACUCGCUCGACCUCUCCGUCUGUCCCCGCAUCGACGACGCCGCGAUGGCGGCGCUGAUGGGGAACGGGUCGGGCCGGGCCGCGCGGGUGAGGAGGCUGGUGCUAAGCCGCUGCGCCGGGCUGAGAUUCCACGGGCUGGAGAUGCUGGCGAGGUCUUGCCCGUUUCUCGAGGCCGUCGACGUCUCGUACUGCUGCAAUUUCGGGGAUCGCGAAGCCGCCGCGCUGUCGUGCGCGGCGAGGCUGAGGGAUCUGAGGUUGGAUAAAUGCCUGGGCGUAACCGACGUAGGUUUGGCUAAGGUUGCCGUCGGGUGUUCCGGUCUCGAGAAGCUGAGCUUGAAAUGGUGCCUCGAAAUCACCGAUCUCGGCAUUGAUCUUUUAGCCAAAAAGUGCCCACACUUGAAGCUUCUAGAUAUCUCUUACUCAAAGGUCACAAACGAGUCGUUGCAAUCCAUUAGUAGUAUGCAAAAACUGGAGGUUUUGGCUAUGGUGGGCUGUGGAGCAGUUGAUGAUUCAGGUUUGCAUUAUCUUGGAAAAGGCUGUCCUUUGCUUCAGGACCUGAACAUAUCGAGGUGUGACAAACUGAGUUUUUCUGCUUUGGCUUCAUUCGUGAGUGGACAUUCGGGCAUUCGACAGAUCCAUGCCAGUUACUGCUUCUAUGAGCUUCCUACAAGCUUCAUCAACCAGCUGGUGGAUGUAAUGAAUCUGAAGAAACUCAUCAUUGAUGGGGCACCUGUUUCUGACACGUGCUUUAAAAUAAUUAGCACCAAUUGCAAGUUUUUGGUAGAAAUUGGACUGGGAAAAUGCAAAGGAGUAACCGACGGUGGAAUUGAGCACUUGGUGUCGGGAUGUGUUAAUUUAAAAGUAAUAAAUCUUACGUGCUGUGGUGACAUCUCAGAUACUGCAAUCUCGGCAAUAACUGAAUCUUGUAGGGAUCUUGUUUGCCUAAAGUUGGAGUGCUGCAACUUUCUAACGGAGAAGAGUCUUGAUCUUCUCGGGUCUCGAAGCUUCCUACUCGAGGAGAUUGAUCUUACCGAUUGUCCUGGAGUUAAUGACACUGGACUCAAUUAUCUGUCCAAGUGCUCAAAGCUGCUUUGUCUAAAAUUGGGACUAUGCACUAACAUUUCGGACAAAGGACUGAACUAUGUUGCUUUAAACUGCAAAGAGAUUCGUGAACUUGAUCUAUAUCGAUGUACGGGGAUAGGCGAUGAUGGAAUACACGCUCUAUCAACUGGUUGCAAGAAAUUGAAGAAACUCAACUUGUCUUAUUGCAGCGAGAUUACUGACAGAGGGAUGGAGUAUCUAGGCCAUCUACCCGAAAUCUCUGACCUCGAGUUACGAGGUCUUUUAAACGUAACAGCCACAGGCUUGACCACUCUUGCAUCUGGUUGCCAGAGACUUGCAGAACUGGAUCUAAAACAUUGUACAAACAUCAGCGAUUCGGGAUUUUGGGCCCUUGCUUAUCACUCGAGAAAUUUGCAACAGAUAAAUUUGAGUGAGUGUUCAAUAUCAGAUGUGGGGCUGUGCAUGGUGAUGGGGAACUUGAGGUGCUUGCAGGAUGCAAAGCUAGUAAAUGUUGGGAGAGUAUCAGGAAAUGGUGUUGAGCUUGCCCUCAGAGCUUGCUGUGCAACCCUUAAAAAGGUGAAGCUGCCUCAUUCUUUUAGGUAUAUGCUUUCUGCUGAUAUCGUUAAAACACUUUUAGCAAAGGGUUGCAAGAUUAGAUGGGAUUGAUUAGAUCAUCUCCACCCUCAAAAGGUGAAGUCCCUUGUGAAGGAUAGAGAGGAUAAAUCACGAUAACUCAGUGACCUCUUAGGAGGUAGGAUGAAUGUUAAAAACUCUU